AUGCAUUUUCUAAAUACAGUUCAUUUGGUAGAUGAUCGUUUUGAAGUAGAUUUGCCUUGGUUGGAAGAUCAUCCACCACUCCCAGAUUAUUUUGAUUUAGCAAAGGGAAGACUGAACAAGACUGUUAAAUGUCUUAAAACCGAGUCUAAUUAUGAAGCUUAUGAGAAUGUUUUUAGGGAAUGGCUUGAGGAGGGAGUAAUUGAGGAAGUUGCCAAAAAUGAUCAGGCUUCAGUACAUUAUCUGCCUCAUCGAGCAGUUAUCAAGGAGAAUAGCACUACAAAAAUCCGGCCUGUCUUUGACGCUUCGGCCAAGGUAAAGGGAUUUCCUAGUCUUAAUGAUUGUCUUGAGAAGGGGUCGAAUCUAAUAGAGCAGAUUCCGAGUAUUUUAACCCGAUUUCGAAAAGAGAAGAUCGGUGUUAUUGCUGACAUCCGAAAAGCCUUUCUACAAAUAGGUGUUUCACCCACGGAUAGAGAUUACUUGAGGUUUUUGUGGAUUGGUAAUGAUGGUCAGCUGAAAGAGUACAGACAUUGCCGUGUAGUUUUUGGUGUAUCGAGUAGCCCUUUUCUUCUAAAUUCUACUAUUCAGCUUCAUCUACAAACUGUUUUGGAAAAAAUAGGAACUGGAGAAUCUUCGUAUCCAAAAGAUGUCAUUCAAAAACUUGCGCAUAGUUUUUAUGUCGACAGUUGUGUUAGUUGCGUUAAAAAUGAAAAAGAACUACAUCGUUUUAUUAACGUUUCGACUGAGGUAAUGGCCGAUAAAAAAUUCGAGCUUAGAGGGUGGGAGUUCAGUGAUGUCAAUGCUGAUACUUCUGCCGAUACAAAUGUGCUCGGCCUGCAUGCUUAUGCUGUCGCUGCUUUCAUCCGAAUACAGACUUGGGAUUCAGUUAAAGUACAACUUAUACAAGCCAGGAGUAGAGUUUCACCAACAGGAAAGGAAGGGAUUACUAUCUAUAGACUUGAGUUACUUGCAGCCACUGUCUCAGCAAGACUUUCAACUUCUAUUUUGUCAGAGAUACAGAGUGAAGAAGUUUACUUCUGGACUUAUUCUUCGACUGUCUUGACAUGGAUUAUGAGAGAAGAAGACUGGAAUGUCUUUGUCCAGAAUAGAGUGAAGGAAAUUAGAGCGUUAACAAAUAAAAGUUCUUGGAGACAUAUCCCUGGUUCCAUAAAUCCUGCUGAUCUCCCGAGUAGAGGUUGUUCAGCUCAAACUUUAUUGAAAUCUAACUGGUAG